AGGGAAAUAUAUCAUAGGGAUAGUAAAGCUGGCACACAUUUGAAAUAAUAUUUUUAGCAUCACAUGAGGGCCUGUAUGGAACCAUUGGGGAAAUGAUCAGUGUGUGUGUGGUCCUUGGAGGGGUUGGGCCACACUUCUUCUCUGAGCGACUCUUCCCAGCAGUGUGUGGGAAGCCUGUUCCACCACUCAGUCUGGAGGAGGUGAGUCACACUACUCUGAAAGCACAUCGGAAAAUGUGAGUUUUAUGUCCUCCCUAACAGCAACAGGAAAUAAUAGAUCAUCAUUUUUUACAUUUGGUUUAUUUUGCUGUGUUUAAAAUUUUCGAUUGCCUGUCAUACAUUUAUUUUAUUUUAUUCUAGAUCAAAAAAUCAGAGGACCUAUCCGAGGUGAAGAACAAAUUGGAGGAAUUGGUAGACUGGCUGAGCCUACUGGGGCUGAAAAGGAUUGUUGUCAAGACAAUGGAGGACAGGGAUGGUGUGAUUGAAUUGGUGGCUCAACAAUUUGUCCAAGGGAGCAUGCAGGUGGCCUUGGAGCAGUACGUCAACUCUGUUAUAAAUCUGUGAAGUACUUGUCAUUACCUCUUCUAACAUAAGUAUUUUGAAUCGGUCCACCCUCCUAAAUCAAUACACAUCACUAUAUUGUCCUUAACACUUAUUUGUUUAAUAUUUAUACUGUCUCUAYACCAUAACAAGUUCAUAUAUGGUCUCAACUCUCUUGGGCUGCUGGAGGCAUUGGGGACAGCUUCCGAGUACUUUUUGUUGACCCCAUAAAGYCUCUCACUGCCAAGGACCUGAUGGACCUGUUUAAAGUAACCUAUUCCAUACCUGGCGGCAACCGGCGAUGKUUGGRGAACGACACCRUCUGCCRCUGGUUCAACUGGCUGGCCGAGGUGCAAGAUGUAGAAUGUCCUGUAACAGUGGUGAUGGUGUUGGAGUUUGCUACUGGGGCAACGGUGGUGCCACCCCUGGGGUUUGAGGACACCCCGACCAUCGAAUUCCUCCACGCAGCGCGAGGGAGUCUCGCUGGGCAGCAGAAGAAAAAGUACCCAGAGGCAAACACGUGUGCUGUGACACUAAGGCUCCCUCUUCAUAGCACCCUACAAUCCCUUUUAGGGAAUUCAAUGACCUCCGGUAUUUUAAAACCCUGA